AUGAGCUCUCCAAUUGAUUUGCUUUAUGAACCGUUUUCUCACCACGACUCGGCCCAGCCCUUUGACCCAAAUCUAAAGUGCGCUGGAUGCGGUGCCUUUUAUUCGAUGGAUUGCCCACUGCGGGAGCAAAACCUCUGGUCAUGUUUAUUCUGCAGCCGCUCCAACCCAAUGGAUAGAACGCCGUUGGUAUCGUCUGACGCCUACACUUUGACCUCUGAGAGAAAAGGCACGUUUGAAAGAAGAACCGUUAUGGUUAUAGACGCCGUUUGCGGCCCCCAUGAGCUGGAUCAUUUGAUUGCCACGCUGUGUGACGCCGCCGCUUCCAAGGACAGCGAGCUGACAUGCGUCAUCACCAUUCAGGACUCAGGCAGUGUCACCGUGCACAACACUGUGGGUCAGAAACGUAACGCUGUUUUUUCAAUUGAUGACUUUAUGACCCACUAUAAUCUCGAUAAAUUGAAUGUCAAACAUUUCGAAAAAAAAUUAAGAGCGACUCACUCAACAUCGUACUGGUUUGCACACGACUCUUUGAAAAAGCAAUUGCAGGAAAUUUCCAAGACGGCAAAGGAGGGGAGCAAGUCCAAACGGGGCAAACGCUGUACCGGAUUAGCAUUAUUCAUUGCCUCCAUAUUGGCGUCUCAAUGCGCUUUGUCAACUUGUUGCCAUAUAGUAUCAUUUCUUAACGGCCCAUGUACCAAAGGCGCUGGGAAGGUCUUAUCAAGGGAACGUAGAAAACAUAUGAGACAAAACUAUCAUUUUGAUUCCGAGAAUCCAAAUUCGAAAUUGUCCAGAAGUUCGUGGAAGUUUUAUGAAGAGUUAUUCAAGAAAUUUAAACAGCAGAAAUUAAACUAUGAAUUUUUUAUAAGCUCGUUGGAUCAAAUCGGUUUGCUGGAAAUGGGUCCGUUAGUAAAUUCAUCAAUGGCGGUUUCUCAGUUUGAUUCCUUCAACGACGAGAGAUUCGUUAGAUGUUUCCAGAAAUACUUGCGUUUGAGAAAUGAAAAUGCCAUUUACAACUGUAAGAUGAAAAUAUUAACCGCUGAAAACACUUCGAUUGUGUAUGAGAUUCCUGAUUAUGUUUUGAACCCGAAGAAUCUUUCUCUACCGGUAGAAAUCUCACUGGGCAACCGUUCCACAAAGAAUUCUGUACAGCUUCAAACUACGUUUGAGAAUAGUGAGCAAGCAUACACUAAAAUCGAAACAUUUGUGCUACCAGCGCAACCAAAGACCGAUUUGUUUCAAAUACAAAAAAUAAUUGCGAUAGCAAUGAAAAAAAUGGCUUCUCAAAUCACCGGUAAUUUCGAUUACUCAUCCAAACAUACCAAGGAGUUGAACAAGCAAUUAGCUUCUUUACUAAGGCAAGUUCAGGGAAUUGACAAGGACAAGAUUAUAGAAUGGUGUUAUUACUUAUACAAAUCGCCCAUAUUAUCGAGCAGGAACACUUCACCGGAUGAAAGGUACCUCUUCCUUCACCAAGUACUCAACUCCAGUCGUGACGUCUGUCUUUCACUAUGUAAACCUUUGAUUUGGAAUUAUAAUGACUCAAAACACGACUGGGUCGUUUUGGACAUUUCGCUGGCAAGAACACCGAUAUUCCAAGAUGGCAACACYACUUUGUGUAUUGACGGUGGGUCAUACGUUAUUCUAAGAAUAGGAGAACGUUUUCAAAGGGAAGGCCAGGAGUUCUGUUGCAAGCUUUUAAAUGAUUUACAAAGAUUUACCCAACCAUUAUAUGUGGAGACUGAAAUUGGUGGGAGUCAGGAUCGCUUCUUGAAAAGUAAAAUUGUUCCUUUUGAUGCCAGCGACAAGAAAAUUCUUGGUACAGAAGAUAUGACAUUCCGAGAUUUCUUCAACUUAUACACCAGCUCGACUGAAAACAAAUAG